AAGGAUGGCUAUCGAGACAUCCUGCAAGAACGGAGGGGUGAUUUGGACCUGGGUUUCACCUUCAAGUCAUUCCACAAUGUUCCAACCUAUAAAUAUCACAGCCCAAGAAAUUACAGCAAGUUGAAGACUGAUGUGUUGAGUAGUGAUCGAUUGAAAUACACAAUAGAACGAUUGUCUGGGGAGGAUAAGGUGAAGGAAGCCCUGUUGAGGAAGGAGGCAGAGUUGAUGUACACGGACAUGGCCCACCUGCUCAACCUCAAAGGUGUCAGAACCAUGGCUUUUAUGGCCAUCAAGGUCUUCAAGGCUCUUUUCAGGAGGGUGUAUGUCAAUGAGGAGGGGGUCAAUAGGUUGCAGCAUAUAAUGCAAGAGUACCCUGUUGUGUUGAUGCCGACGCACAGGAGUUACAUGGACUUUGUGCUGGUCACAUUCGUCUGCUAUCACUACAACCUGCCCGUUCCUGCUGUGGCUGCUGCUAUGGAUUUCAAAGGGAUGAAGUUGAUGGGAUGGUUGCUGCAGAACUGCGGAGCAUUCUACAUUCGAAGGUCAUUUGGAUCUGACCAUCUGUACUGGGCCAUCUUCACGGAGUACGUUCAAACGCAGCUGAAGAACGGCGACCAUCCACUUGAGUUCUUCAUUGAGGGAACGAGGAGCAGAACAAAUAAAUCAUACAUUCCAAAAAUUGGCAUGUUGGCAGCAUCAUUGGAGUCAUACUUCAAAGCAGAGCUGCCAGAUGUUAUGAUUGUUCCUGUGUCCUUGACCUUUGACCGGAUCGUCGAGGAGUCCCUCUACGCAUUUGAACUUCUUGGAAUUCCCAAGCCUAGAGAAUCUACUUCAGGUUUAUUGAAGGCCCGCAAAAUUUUGAGUGAAGAUUUUGGGUCUGUUCACAUUCACAUUGGGGAGGCGAUAUCCAUCAGGCAGGUAUCUGACGGCAAGAUAGAUAGAGUAUCUCACGCUCUGGAACCUAGGUACAUCAACAGCCUGUCAGGAGAUGAACAGAUCUUGAUUACAAACUUAGCUUAUCAAAUCGUCAAACAACAACAACGUCAAUUCAUUAUUCCGCCUGGUACUCUGCUAGCUACUGUCUUCAUUCAGCAUGCUGCGAGGGGCUUACAUAUUAAUGAGCUGUCCAAAAAAGUUGAUUGGCUGAAGAGGCAGGCUUGUAAUCUUGGUGCUUAUGUUGAUUGGCCAGGAAAUGUAUCACUUAUGAAUGUCAUCCACAUGUGCUUGCGUCUGCACAAGAACAUACUGAAACUGAAUGAACAGGAUGUUUCAUCAUCUUCACAAUCUUCAUCAUCAUCUCCGUCCCAUCCACUUAACAGCAGCAGUUUGUUGCUGGAUGCUUCUAAUUACCUCAUGCUGGCCUCCUACAGGAACCACGUGACACAUCUGUUUGUUGACGUUGCCAUGGUCAUGAUGGCCAUUAAAAGUAGAUCUAAACACUGCCGGGAACUUUCAUUGGGUGCCAUUUUAUUUCUGAAAUUUUUUUUUUCAUCUUUUCAUUGCAACAUGAAAACAACAUGA